AUGUUGAGGGGAGAAGAUGAGGAACAGUGUAAUGCCUUAGGGGAUUACAAGAAGCCUUAUAAUGCCUACUCCAACACAUACAAUCCUGGUUGGCGUAACCAUCCCAAUUUCAGUUGGAAGGAUACAAGUCAAAAUCAAGCAUCUGGGAGCCAAUGGAGGCCUGAUCAACAAAAGAAUUCUCUUGAGAGUUCCAUGAAAAUUCUCGCAGAAUCCCAACUAGAGUUCAGGACUUAUUUCACUCAGGUGAUAGAGGAAUUGAAGGACAUAAAGAUUCAAAUAACAAAGUUAAAUGAUUCUUCAGUCAUUCAAGAGCGUGGUAAGCUUCCCGCUCAGCCUCUAAUCACUCCCAAAGGGCAACAUAUGGCACAAACCUCCGCUCCUUCAGAGUCUAAUCUCAAAGGGGUUAAUGCUAUUACUACCCGAAGUGGUCAAAGUACGGUAUCACCAUUACCUAAGACCACUAGUGUACCAAUGCCCGCUCCAGAUGCUGAUGUGCCACAGAACCUUCCAGUAAAGGUGCCCUUUCCUCAGGCUUUGAAAUCCACUGGAAAGGUACUGGAAAGUCAUAGUGAGAUCCUUGACUUUUUGACACAAGUUAAGGUUAACCUGCCAUUACUUCAUGUAAUCAAGCAAGUACCGGCUUAUGCCAAAGUUAUCAAGGAUCUAUGCACUAUCAAAAGGAAGCACCAUGUCAAGAAAACUGCAUUCUUGGCAGAACAAGCUAGUGCGGUGAUCGACUGCAAGACACCGCUUAAAUACAAAGAUCCUGGUUGUCCCACCAUUUCAUGUCAAAUAGGGGAACAGGAAUUUGGCCAAGCCCUCCUGGACUUAGGUGCAAGUGUAAAUCUCAUGCCUUAUUCCAUAUACUUGCAACUAGGCCUAGGAGAACUUAAGCCCACAUCUGUGGUGCUACAAUUGGCCGAUCGAUCAGUUAAGAAACCUCGGGGAAUAGUUGAAGAUGUCUUGAUUCAAAUUGAUAAAUUCUAUUACCCCGUGGAUUUUCUCAUCUUGGACACUCAAUCAAGUCAACUUAGAGUCCAAAAUUCCCAUCAUUCUCGGACGACCAUUCCUCGCAACAGCAAAUGCACUCAUCAAUUGUAG